AUGUGUGAAGUCUUUCGUUGUCGGUGUUCCCAGUUGAGGUCAGGACAAAUCGUCACUCUUUUCGGCCGAACGUGUCAGGAGGCGUUUCCUUGGACCCCUCCAAUGGCGGACGGCACUGACUCCACUGAGGCCUCUCCGAGGGUGCUGAACAAAAGCCCAGGUUGGACGCAGCUGGUGGCUGAAAAGGCACGGGAGCUGGAACGGAGGGACAGGGCGCCGUCGGAGCCUUCCUUGGAAGAUGACGUGAAAGUCGCACAGAUGAUCCUGCAGCCCGUCUCGGAGUCUCUGGAAAAGCUUCGGUGCUCCAUCGAGGCAUCCACUCCUCGACUUCAGGGUACGCCCCCGCGACGGCUCAGCCCCCGCAGUGCGCGGGUGAGCUUCUCUCCUGAGAAGGCCGCUUCACCUCACUCGAGCAUUUCUUUGGCACCGGCGCUGCUGCGCCCAAUGGAGGAGGCUUCAGAUGCCGGAGGAUCAACAGGAGAUGCUGGAGAUGCCUUCAGCUCCACCCUGGACGUGCUCAAGCGUUUGGACAGUCAGCUGUGCAAUUUGGAGUCGAUCCUGGGGAGCUUGGACUCCAAGAGCACCAGGCGUGAGUUGAGAGAGCAGUGA